CUCUCUCUCUCUCUCUCUCGUAUAAUCUCUCUCUCUCUUACCCACUACCUUCCAAAAGAGAGACACCUCUCUCUCUCUCGCUCUCUGGGUUUUCGCUGGAAAUGGGCGCCGGAAACCUCACGUCGGGCGGCUUCUUCGCGGAGAAGACGGCCGUGCUUGACCUUCCUGUCUACAUCCUCGUCGCGAUCGCCACCGCCCUGCUCCUCGUUGGCGCCAUUUUCGCCUUUCUCUUCUUCCGUCGGCGGGCGGCGGCGUCGCGAGUGAAGCAUACGUCUGUCAUCAUCCCCUCGUCGACCAAGGAAAUCUCUGUCGAUCGGGUGGCGGAGGGCGGUGUGGGGGAGGUGGAGGUAGAGGUGGAGGUGGAGGUGGAGGAGAAGAAGAAGGGGUUGGUGGGGGUUAAUAAAGGGGAGAGGUUGCUAGGGUCGUCGUCGGGGGCGUCGUCGUCGGAGGCGGCGGAGAGGAUGGGGAACAUCGGGUGGGGGCGGUGGUACUCGCUGGUGGAGCUGGAGGCGGCGACAGGGGCGUUCAGCGCCGGGAAUGUGAUCGGCGAGGGGGGUUACGGUGUCGUCUACAAAGGCGUCUUGCCCGACCUCUCCAUCGUCGCUGUCAAAAAUCUCCUAAAUAACAAGGGUCAGGCAGAGAAGGAGUUCAAGGUGGAGGUUGAAGCCAUUGGAAAAGUACGGCAUAAGAACCUUGUGGGCCUUGUUGGGUACUGCGCAGAAGGUGCUAAAAGGAUGCUUGUAUAUGAAUACAUAGAUAAUGGGAAUCUGGAGCGGUGGUUGCAUGGAGAUGUUGGCCCUGUCAGUCCGCUGACAUGGGAUAUCAGAAUUAAAAUAGCCAUUGGAACAGCGAAAGGAAUAGCAUAUUUGCAUGAAGGAUUAGAGCCCAAAGUUGUGCAUCGAGAUAUAAAGUCCAGCAACAUUCUUCUGGAUAAGCACUGGAAUGCUAAAGUAUCAGAUUUUGGAUUAGCUAAACUCUUGGGCUCUGGCUCUAGCUUCGUAACAACACGUGUAAUGGGAACAUUUGGGUAUGUGGCUCCUGAAUAUGCAUGCACAGGCAUGCUUAAUGAGAGUAGCGAUGUGUACAGUUUUGGGGUUCUACUGAUGGAAAUAAUUUCAGGAAGAUGUCCGGUAGACUAUAGCAGACCACCCGGAGAGGUAAACUUGGUGGACUGGUUUAAAGGAAUGGUAGGAAGUAGACGUGGAGAGGAGGUAGUAGAUCCAUUGAUGGAAGUUCAGCCUUCACCAAGAGCUUUGAAGAGGGUAUUGCUGGUUUGCCUUCGAUGUGUAGAUUUAGAUGCUCAAAAACGACCAAAUAUGGGGCAAAUUGUACAUAUGCUUGAAGGAGAUGAGUUUCCUUUUCGCAUGGAACACCGUUUGACACGAGAAAGAAUGCUGGAUGCAUCCAAUGCACCCACCAAACGAAUCCCACUUUUGUCUGAGAAGGUGAUAGCUGCUGAUUCAGAAAGGUCAAUGUGGAGAUGAGCCAGAUUUCCGGGAUCUAACAUGGUUCUGUCAUUUUGCAAUCAAGAAUUGUAUUCCUGGUUCUUAAUUACAGUCUCAUGUGAGGUCUCUCCAAUUAUUUGCAGAGCCAAGCAUCAUGUUCUGAUUCACUGGCCACUGUAGUGUUAAAUCCUGCUUGUGAUCGGUGAUCAUCCAAGAGUCCAUUUCUUUGCAUGAGCAGUCAAGAGAAUAGCAUCUGCGAGAGGAUCAUUUGCUUUCCAAGCGACCACGACUUCUCCAGCAGUUCUAAAGCUCUAACUACCUGAAUUCCAGUUCCUGUAUACCAUCCACAUCAGUCAGCAUUCUUUGAGAUGACGGAUAUUGUUUAUAGGGAAAUCUAGGCUAGGGAUGACUCAAGUGAAAUUCCAUUUUUGUAAACUUUCUUUAUUGAUGCAUUCACGACAUAUUAUUGCUAAUUUCAUUUGAGCUAUUAGUUAUGGUUGCAUCAUGUCAUUUUCCUCA